AUGGUAUCCAGGGCAUCUAAAGACUAUGACCACCUUUUUAAGCUGGUGCUUAUCGGUGACAGUGGCGUCGGAAAGUCAUGCGUCCUCUUACGUUUUGCGGUUUGUGCAAGAUUAAUUUACAUUGACGCUUUGCAGGAUGACACAUUUACUGACAGCUACAUAACAACUAUCGGUGUCGACUUUCGUUUUAGAACUGUUGAAGUUGGUGGUCGAAGGGUCAAACUGCAGAUCUGGGAUACUGCGGGGCAGGAGCGCUUCAGGACCAUAACCAGUGCUUAUUAUCGCGGUGCAGAUGCGAUAAUCAUAGUUUACGAUAUCACAGACAAAGUUGGUCAUUCCGUGUCACAUGCUAUGACGGCUCAGCUCUCAUUUGGGAACGUUGGCACCUGGCUCUCUGAGGUGGAGAAAUUCGCACCAGAUGGGAUUCAGAAAUUGUUAAUUGGCAAUAAAUCUGAUCAAUCUCAAGCUCGUGAUGUUGAUCCUAGCGAGGUGCAGGAGUUCAGCGAACAACACGAUAUCCCGUAUAUCGAAAUGUCAGCAAAAACGGGACAUAAUGUGGAAGAAGGUUUCAUGUCCCUAGCCGAGAGGCUGGUAUCGGAUCGAGUAGGAAACCAGGGGGAUUCCACCGAGCCUUUAUCACGUUCUAUUUCACUUAACGAGCGAGUCAAAGGUAUGUUGUUUAAUCACCAUAUUAUAUCAUCUAUAGGCGUCAUUGGCAGCAUCUACGGAGCUGAUAAAACGUGUUGCUCCUGA